GACUUCUUCAUCAUCCUCAUCUUGUUGCACAGGCUGUCUUCAACUUGUGAACUAGCUGGUCACAUACAAGAAGACAUGGCCGCGUCUAACUAUUCGCUGAAGGUCAACAGAGACCUGCUGGACCCCAGCUUCGAAAGUUACAGAUUAUCUCUGGACGCCAUACCGACCUACAACGUAGAGCUGGACGCUGCUGUGGAGGAAGUCAAGCUGAAGGAUACUCAGUAUACCCUGGAACAUAUGCGUGCUUUUGGCAUGUACAAUUACCUGCACUUGGACCCUUGGUAUGAAGAUAGUGUUUUGUUUGUGGACUGCAAAGGGCGGGUUCUCAGCCUCAGCAUCACUCUGGACACCGCCCUGGGGAAGCCAAGAGAGGUCUACCGUAUAACCGCUGACUCCAGCCAGUGUGAGGAUCGUCUCUGCGCCUCCCUCAGCCUCACCUCUGCGACCUGGGCUGCCCUCUCUGACGGCACCGGCCGACUCUACCUCCUCCGCACUGGCAAGAGAGGAGACAGCUCCCAUAUGAAGUGGGAGCCACUGUUCAGCGAAGACAUGGGGGAGCCUUUCACCAUCCUCCACAGCAUCUCACAUGUCCAGGCUGGAGUCCACACCAUGGAGGUUCUGCUGCUCCGCAUCCAGAAAGACCCGCAGGAAACCAAGGGAAGUGGAUACUCCGUAUCUCUUGAGUGGAUCACAGUCGCCAACACUGCAGGACACGGUCAGGAGAAGAAGUAUGAGGUGAAGAAGAGGAGAGUCCUCAGGGGGAAGUCGGUGCCUCACUACGCAGCAGUGGAGCCGCAGGGGAAAGGACUGAUGGUGGCCUCGGAGAAACCGUUUGUCUUCACACAUGUGGACGGUCGUCCUGUGGAGCCGCUUCAGCCAGAGCCCAUGGAAGUGGAGAAGACAGAUCCCAUUUACUUCUGGCAGCAGACAGCAGAGGACAUCACAGUGUGUGUGCGAAUGCCAGAGGGUGUCACCAAGGAGGAGGUGAUCUUCAGGCUGACAGCCGACAACAUCAGCGUUGGAGUUCAGGGCUUCCCUCCUUUACUAGAAGGCCAGCUGUAUGCACCUGUAGACCCCGAGGCCAGCGCCUGGAUCAUCAAAAACGAUAAAAGCCUGGAGCUGACCCUGCAGAAACGCAGUGAGGGACCCAUGUGGCCGGAACUGGUGAUGGGUGACAGGAGAGGGGAGUAUGUGAUGAGUGACGAGCAGGCCGCCCUCAUCCAUGAGAGACUGACCCACCUCACCUCUGAAGACCUGAACGGAAACCCAGACAGGGACAAGCCCCCUUGUAACUCUCAGGAGCUGGAGGACUGUGAUGGGUUCCCAGAGGAUAGCUCCAGCCUCACACACUUUGACGGAGAAUCGCUUAAGCCCACUCAGGUGGUGAAUCUAGGCAGCCAUCAGUACCUGUUCACAGUUGACGUGAACCCCUCUGAAAUGCCGUGCCUCUGUCUCCGACAUGACGUGGAUGCUCUGGUGUGGCAGCCGCAUCCUGACCAGCCCAGUAACAUGUGGGAGCACAUCGCCACGUUCAACGCCUUGGGCUACGUGCAGGCAUCCAAACGGGAUAAGAAGUUUGCGACCUGCGCUCCAAACUUUUCCUACGCUUCACUGUGCGAGUGUCUCCGCCGUGCUUUCAUCUACCGACAGCCGUCGCCGGUGGAGACCGUCCUCUUCAACAGGAAGCAGGGUCGUCAGGUAGGACAGGUUGCCAAGCAACAAGUGGCCAGUCUGGACUCAGACAAACCAAUCCUGGGCUUCAGGGCAACCAAUGAGAGACUGUACAUCCUGACCUCCAGUAACCUCUUUGUUCUAAAGGUCAAUAAUAAUUAGAUUUGGGACUCAGACUGGGACUUAGUUUUAGAUUUUCAUCUUACUACCUCCUAAAAGUUCGAUCAUUCCAAAAUAAAGAUGAGUUAUCUGCCACAACUGAAACAAAAAACUUCACCUGCCUGUGAUGAAUUCUUUCAUUUCUCCUCAUGCUUCACUUUUCAAGCCUUCUGUGUUGGAAAACACCUAAAAGAUCAACAAGUAAGGAAACGUUCUAAAGGAGAAAUGAUAACGAUAAUAAACAUUCAUGAGCUGAAGGUUUUUAAAUUUGUUUAGAAAAUUAAAUAAUAACUUAUAACUCAACACACUGUUUUCUCGUGAACCCCAUUUAAUGAUACUGGAUAUUUCAUAAAUAUACAUUUCGUACAUGUAGUGCCUUAUAGAUGCUCACUGCAUUUUUGCAUACAUUUGUAAUUCCAUGAAUUCCAAUGCAGAAAUGUAAUUGCAUACAUUUCUCUUAAUGGGUGAUGGAUUUACUGCAGGCUGGCUGCGUUUCACUGAAGGUUGGCUGUAGUAUUGUGUCAGAUGGUCAGUGGGGAGGAGGACGCUGAGGAAAUCCCUCUCCUUGCCUUAUUUUACAAUCAUCACAGUGGAAGAAUGAAAGAAGUGAAGACACAUUUCCAUAAAUUUACAUAAAUAUGUUUCACACAUCACACUGGCUCCUGCUGCAUUAGACGCCAUCUUGGAUGAAUCAGUUGGACCUGAAGCCUAAAAUCCCAAGAGGCCUAAAAAUUCAAUCAUAUCUUUUCCAAUUGUUGUUUUUCUUUUUUCUUUUUUUUUUUCUGGUGGUGGUGAAGGUUUAAAUGGAAGCGCUACACUUACAAGCUACGAGUAUUUUUAUAAAUAGUGCAGAUGUCAUCUGAUGCAUUUUUCCUCUCAGCUAUUAAACUAGAGUGCAUGUGCUACUUAGAAACCUGUGAUAGAUAAUGGAGAAGAGUUCACGUUUUAAGCUUUUGUACAUUUCCUCCAGCAUCGAGCAUGGAAACAGCUGCAGCAUGUAUUAGCCGUGAACCCCCAUUUUCUUUUUGCAUCUUUCUGCCGAAGACGAAAUCCUGCCAGUAAACAAACAUUUCUGCCUCGCUUGUUCAGCAGUGACAUUUUCUUGUUCCAUUUUUACGAAACCCUGUAGAGGACCACUCAUCCAAUCGACCAACCAGAUACGCAAAGAUUCAAGAGACACGCUAAUGGAC